UCUUCCUCCUCCUCUGAGCUCUAAUCCAUCCACACUCCCAUGACCUCUCCUCUCUAACUCUCUCUCUCUCUCUCUCUCUCUCUCUCUCUCUCUCCCUCCAACUCCUCAUUCCCACAAACCCUAAAUUCCCAUAAUCAUGGGCUCCAAAGUCCUUCCUCAGGCUCUGCUAACAAUCCCAAGAAACCCUAACCACUACGCGCCGGUAAAGCUCGGGUUUUCAGCCGCCGUGUCUCGUCGGUCUUUCUUCAAUUCCACUGGGGUUUCGCUCUGCACGGCUUCAUCGAGCUCGAUUAGGUCCAAAUUCAGCCCCAUUGUGGCUGCAAAAUCUAGACGGGGCUUUGCUGUGAGAGCCGAGUCGGAAGGUGAGGCGGGAGCCACCGAGAAUGAAGAAGCUGUUACUGAACCGGCUUCAGAGACCGUGGUGGAAGCUGAAGCAGAAGCAGUUCUGGAGUCUGAGCCUGAGCCUGAGCCUGAAGAAAAGAAGCCGCCGCGGAAGCCUCGUAUCAAGCUCGGUGACAUAAUGGGGAUACUAAAUAGCCGGGCAAUUGAGGCGGCAGAGAAGGAAAGGCCAGUUCCAGACAUUAGGAGUGGAGACGUUGUGCAAAUUAAACUGGAAGUUCCUGAAAACAAGCGUAGGUUGUCUAUCUAUAAAGGUAUUGUUAUUUCAAAGCAAAAUGCUGGCAUUCAUACAACAUUUCGCAUUCGGAGGAUUAUUGCUGGCAUAGGGGUUGAGAUUGUUUUCCCUCUAUACUCACCGAACAUUAAGGAGUUGAAGGUACUUAGUCAUAGGAAGGUCAGAAGGGCAAGGCUGUACUAUUUGAGAGACAAACUUCCUAGGUUCUCGACUUUCAAGUGAGAAAUAGAGAUGCAGCCGUUCUUCGGUUGUUUUUGUGUCAGACUAGUCCCCUGAAUCCUGUCACGUUGUAAGAACUAUAUCCUCGAAUGCAUUUGAUGUCAUGUGUAUCACUUGUCUCCAAUAGUUUUGUUGUAUGUAUCAGUUCUUUCCCUUUUUCAAUUGUUCUUUAAACUCUGCUACUAGAAAGGAAGAAGUUUUUCCUCCAACUAUGACAUCAAACUUUCGACACUGCAUGUAA